CUACCGACCUGGUGCUCAUGCGUAUUCACCACAGCUGGUUCCUGAGGCUUCUGCGCAUGCGCCUCACCUCCACCUAGACGGGGUCAAGCAAGCUUCAACAAGAGCUUUAUUAACACCACCACCUAAGACUGAGCAGAGCACCUCUCAGAGCCCGGGGAAGAGGAUGGAGCAGCCAGCCACCACUAUAGAAGGGCUUGUGUUUCUCCUAUGAAAUGCUGUUGCUUGCUGUAGCCUAAAGGCUCCUGGAGAGGGGGCUGGAACUAAAGCUGCCCCCAUAUGCCACAUCCCCCUGUGUCCCCACUGAGCAGACAGAAAGAUGGCAGGUGCCCCCCCAGGAAUGGAACUGUGCCCCUAUUGUAGGAAGCCAUUUAAACGACUGAAGUCCCACUUGCCACACUGUAAGAUGGCAGGAGACACGAAAACUGCUUUUGACUUAGGCAAGGUGGCCUCUCUUGACUUGAAAGCGUCUCAGUCCAAGCCAGUUAGACUCCUGGCCACUGAGAAGAAAAGAGGACAAAGCAAAGAGAAGAUCACAACCCCAGACAUUAGCUCAGAAAGAGAAAGUAAGAAAAAAUCCUUUGACACAAUAGGGAACAAAGUAGAAAGCAAAUUAAACCCCUUACAAAUAGGGGGUACUGCUGGAUCAGAAAUAGCCAGCAACUUGCCUGCAGAAAAGCCAGGUAAAAAUACAAAGCGGCAAAGUAAACUGACUUCUGAAAAGACACACAAAGAUGAAGGAAUGACAAUAGUUCAGGAAGAGGCCAGAAUGCACAUGAAUGCAGCAGAGGAGAGGACUUCAAAAGCAAAGCAUGCAAAGCAGUUACCCACCAAACAGAAAAGCAGAAGUAAAAAUACUUCUCAUGAUGAGAAUUCAGCACCUGGUGGCAUUUUGGAGCUUUCUCCUUUGAAUAAGGAUGGAAAAUCUGCUUCAAAGUUUCCUUUGAAUGACCCAAUAAGAUCUGCAAAACAGAAACAAAGGAAGGUAGGGUCUUCAGCACAGGAGGUGGCUGGUUCUCUGGAUUUACCCACUUGUGAUCUUGAAAGUAUUCCCAGGGCGGCUCUUGAGGGAGUGAAAAUAGUUAUUGAGAAACACCGUGUCAAAGUGCUAAGAGGUAGGAAUGAAUCCAAAAUUCAGGGCACCCUGGCAGACAGUGCUACCACAGGUAAUUGUACGACCCAGGGAUGGUAUCUGGAAAUGCUGACUCCAGACUGCUCUGAAAACCAUGCAGACACAGUCCAGUCUGACCACCGGAAGAAUGUGAACAUUAUGGGAGCCAUGAACACAAAUGCUUUUAGCCUGGAGGUUGCAGAAAGUGAUACCUUGAGUGGAGAGCGAGAAAAAGGCAAUAGUUUAACUGCAACUGGAAUGCAUGUACUCAGCGAUCCUGGGAAGGCUGACUGCGGAAAGAGCCCUCAUGGCCUCAUUCCGCUGGACAGAGUGGCUAAAAAUGAGACAGAAGAGAAGCAGUUUUACUUAAAUGGUGAUGUGGAUUCUAAGGCCUCUUUCUCUGCUUCCCUCGCUGAGAAGCCCCACCAGUCAGUGAGAGAGACGUUCAGAGGAGCCAGUGAAGGAAUAGCCAGAAACUACCUAGCCUGUGCGCAACAGCUUCUGGUGGAUGAAAAGCAGAUUGCCUUACUUUCUGAGUCUGUUCUGAAUACAGGGAGAAGAGACAGCGAGCUGGCUUGGAAACAACACUUGUGCUACACCUCUGAAAACCAGCCUCCUUGUCUGUUCCAAUCUUCUGGCAGGAACAUACAGGCGAGAUCCAUUGGACUGGAGUGGUUUCCAGAAUUGUAUCCUAAUUAUCAGAGGCUGAGCAUGUUUCCAGGGAGACCUCUCCAGGGGGAUGCGGAGAUCAAGAUGAAGAAGAUAGGGCCUGGUUUCUUGGAAGGACCGCAAGCUCCCCUCGUAGAAAGAUGUCUGAUGGAUGUAAAGCUCAGGGAGCUGCCUGCCUGGCUGGCGGCUUGUGAUUUCUCUCCAAAGGGACUGCUCGGAGCAGUGCAGAAAGCCUGGAGCAGUUACUACAACAAAUACAUCGACGUAAAGAAGGGUGGAGCUGCUGGGAUCUCCAUGCUGUUGGCUGGAUAUUGCAUCCUCAGCUAUGGCUGGAGAUAUGAGCAUCUGAAACAAGAUCGCUGGCGCAGGUAUCACUGAGGAAGGCACAAGGGCAUUCAAGGACCAGAGAAAGAAAAUACUGGACUGCUGCAUGAGAAUCAGGCAUGGAUCGCACGAUCUGCAUUCGAACACAACACAAGGGAUUGCAGGACAGCUCUCUCAUCUGUUAGAAUCAAUUACAUUAAUUUAUUGCUAAAGGGUAUGCCUUUUAUUUACCCUCCCAUAUCAUGUACUAUUAGCCAGAGGGGGUAGGGGCACAUUCUGCAUAGACUGACAGUUUCCUUAGAGCACUAGCAGGAAAUUUGACUUGAUGGUUAGUAUCUAAGCAGCAAGAACUGGAUUAUAGGUCAGAAACUGGAGGAUCAAACCCCAAUAUCUACUGCUUUUAGCCCAUAUCAAACCUGAAUCUGGUUCUGUAUGUUCCAGGCCCAUGAGAACGUCUCAUAGGGGGGUGGGGGGACUACAGGCUCUUGCUUCCCAGAUGUUUUAAAUUGAAUUGCAGGUUCUGGUUUGAAUAUUUGGCAGAGGAUCCUGGCCAAUAAGAGGAAGAGCAGUAGUUUGGAGGGACUAGCUGCUCCCAUCCCCCAACUCAAUUGUAAAGCUAGGAUGGUUCAAGGGGCCUGUUAUGGCUGCUUGGAGGGAAGUAUUAUAACCCCUGGUCGCAGUCCAUGCCCCACAUCUCAUGGCUGCAGAGCAGCGUUAAGCAAGGCAUGCUGCUUGGCACUGGGUUGCGUGAAAGUGUAAGGCCCGAACUUCACGCUCGGCAAAGCCUGGCUUGUUUAAGGAUAUGGAUGUUGGCUAGUCAAGCGCUGUACAAGCUAAGACAGAUCUGGGCUGGAGAGUUACAAACCGGUGGUUUGACAGUGUAGAAGUCAUGGUAGGAAAGAGCCAUUCUCCACCUCACUUCACACACCCCGUGCAACACAGAGGUGGCAUCCACACAGCCCUGUCCCUCCUUUGUACACAACAUGUUGGCCUGCUUCAGUAAUGACCUUGAAAGAGGCACUAAAGCAAAGCAGGACUAACAUUAGCACUGCAGCAUCCUAGUGCUGGCGGAGGACAAGCCAUAGCAUUCGCUAUUUAGGCUGCCCUUGGGGUAGAACAUCACCCCGCGAGAACAAACAAGAGCGAGUGAUUGGAAUAGUGGUGAUUCUAGCCUCCUUGAGCGGGCUAAAAUUUUGUUUCCUCUCCAGGACAGAGGGAUUUUAAAAAUGUAAUGCAAUCAUGAGCGGUAGAAGAACUGUUGGCAAAAAGCUUUAUUACAAAUAAGUUACAGAAGCAUUCAAAAAAACUCCUCUUUGGAAGCAGAACAAGAGUAAAACCACAUUUCACCAAGAAAUGACUGUCCCCCUGCAAUAA